AUGGCACCGGAUCUAGGGGGCCGCCGCGUUGCGCUUGAUUUCGUGGCCUGGGCUCUCCGUCCGUUGAAGUCAAACCCCCAAUCCACCACUGUCCCAGAAGCUUUGGUCUCCUUAGCCGAUCGUCGGAGGGGAUCGGAGAUGUCUCCACCAGAGAUAACACAUUGCAUUUCAUCCGGUGUUGGCCACCGUCACAGGGGUUACAUAUCCCAUCCUCGCCGGAAUCUUAUAACCCUCUUGCGGUCUUUCAUGGCCGUAUCUGGCCAAAAAGCGGUCUAG